AAAGAUUUUCGCGCUCAAGAUUGUGUUGUGUUCGACCGUUACUACUGAUGAAGACCGCUAGCUGGCAAAGCUGCUGUAUUAAUCAACAAUGCUACAUAAAUGUGUCAAAAUAAUAAUAUUCUUGUCAACGACAUUGGUAUUUACCGGUCUGGCUUACAGCUUUUAUUCAGGUAAGUUAGCUUUACCUGAAGCGGCACCUCCAGUAGGAUGGCAAACAUCAGUAAAACAGGGGAACUCAGUAUUGUUGCAGUUUUACAAAAAUGAAGCUGCAAUUGUUUUGGAUCAUUGUAACACACAGAAAGCUCUUUAUAUGGGGACCAUGAUCGUUUAUACAGAUACUGCAUUUAUGGAUGGAUCUGAACCAUUAGUAUAUCAUGGGAAUGAAAUACAAUAUGGAUAUGUCACUUCAGCUGUGUUCUUAAAUGCUCCUAAGCCACACAUUGGAAUUGUGAUUGAUGGAAUGGCUUUCACAUUGUUGCCCUCUACAUUAACGUGGAAGCGUGCUGCAGGAGUGGUAACAUCUGUGUCGCAUAUGUCAGCACUGCAAUGCUGUUUUACAACUCAGGAUAAGUACAUAGCGGAACUAAAUUCAUUGGUUUUGCUCUACAAAAUUGGAAGUCUUUUUGGAGAACAGGAAGUGUAUGUGUCCUAUGAUGGUGGAUUCACUUACACUAUUUUUUAUGUAGCAUCUACUACAAUGCAGAUUUUAGGUGGUAUAUACAGACUGCCAGUUUCUGGAAACACUGUGGCUCUGGUGCAGGAUGAACAGUACAAUUUCUAUUUCCGCAACACUGAAAAUUGGGCUACCUCUCAAUUGUCAGAAAGCUUUCCACUUAGAGACCCCCUGUACAUGCUUGAAGUCAUCCUGGUGGCAGGCUUGAGGGGCCACCUCAUUGUAUGGAGUCCACAAAUGCUUCUUUACUCCCCACAUGAUGGUACUGUACUUGUGCCUGUAUCUGAAUUUGGACAUGAAGACAGUGCAGUACCACCACCUGAUGUAAUUGUUAAGCGGGUCACUACAGCUGGUAAUGGGGCCAUAGCUGUUGUCACCAGUGAUGGAGGACUGUAUUAUGGUCGACUUGGCUUGAAAGCAGUUGUCGUAAAAUUCCCAACAAACAUCUUAGAAAAAUUUGGACUGUAUCCUGACAGAGUUAUGUAUUUUGAUGAAUAUACAGACCUCGUAUUUUUAGAGCCCAUGUUUGACCAACACGAGAACCGAGUUAAUUUCAGACACAGCCAUGUCCAUGUGCAGCAGCAGUUAACUCAAACAUCAGCCCCAGUGAUAUCUUGUCCUGUAGAGCGAUUUUCUGGCGAUUUUGAUGGGAAGUUGUUUUACAUUGACAAGGGAGACUCUCUCAAGCUGAGUUUGGACUAUGUCCCAACUCCCAACUGUCCAUUUUUUCCUGUGGUGACUUUAACAAAUGCUGAUGCAUUGCAUACUGAAGAGUUGAUAGUGAUGGAUGGGACAACUCCAGAUGGAUACAAGACAUUUAUAAUGAAAAUUGGGGUUAAACUAUCAACAGCAGCUGAAGCUGACAUAGAAGAAAAAGGCCUUGUUACGAUCUCUGUGGACUUGAUGGAAAGAGAAGUAUCUUGCAACAAUGUGAAUCCUCAGAAAGUUCAUGUCAUGAUGGCGUGCCCACCAGGAAAGCAUAUUCGGGUUAUGAGGAAUUCAACAGCCUGCACUAGGGGGACUUUCACCCCAGAACAGCUAAAUAACUUCACUUACACAAUACCAAAGGAGGUCUAUGACCCAGACCUACUUUUCAGGCCCAACAAGGCCGAAAGAGAUCUGACAGUCAAAUACAGUUAUUUUCAUCAUAUUUGUCCCCUGCUGGUGUAUUAUGACAUGCCAUGGAGGCCAACCUUUGAACUUUGGGACGGGGAUACAUUUGUAGAGGUCGUGAAGGCCGACUUUGUGAUGUAUGAGGCUCACGGCAUGCACAAUUAUAAGUACUUGCAGACGGCAAAGACAGCAAAAUGUGUGUCUCAGCCUCAGGACUGGAUUUCCAUGCUUCAAAAAACACCAUACAGUGCAUGGAGUAAACAAAAUUACAGAAGCUGCAAAGAUUAUAAUGGGCCACCUUUAACCAAUCCAGAUGCUGAGUAUCAAGUCCUAAGCCAAAAUUCAAGGAACAAAAUUGUGUUCUCAAACUACAAUGGCAUGUAUCUUUUUACAGCUGUAGUUGUGGACCCACAUUACAGCUUCUGCACCCUCACCACCACCUUUUCUGUUUACGUGUAUGGAGCAUUUCCUAAAAGAAUUCUGCCAUAUGGUGUUCUGUGUGCAAUUUUCUUUGCAAUCUUAACUGCACUUCUCUUGAUCGGUUACCUCCGGCAACAGAAUAUCUUGACAAAAGUCCUUAGAACAUAAUAUAGUGAUGACAACACUAAAUGACUCCAAUAAAAAGAAAUAUUUCCAAAA